UUUAAAUAAAGUUUCAACCGUUAUAAAUUAAAUAUGUUUCUUUACCUACUACCCUAAACAAUGUUUUGACAUGGUGUCAUACAUAACAGUGGCGACGAAGAUUAAAACAGAUUAAAAACUUUAACACUCGUGUUUGAAACCUCGUGUUCAUGGCGAACAACGAAGAAGCAGAAAACGUUAGCUGUCCUCAAACAAUUCUAACAAUGUCGAGAAGCAUAGGCACGGCGCCAGAAUUCAAGCCCGGCGAAGACUGGAAUUUAUAUAUCGAACGGCUCGAUCAAUUUUUUAUAGCCAACUUUGUCGAAGAUUGUCGCAAAGUAUCAGUACUAAUUACAGUAAUCGGAGCCGAAACGUAUAAAGUGUUGAGGGAAUUAUGCGACCCUAUAUUACCAAAUACUUUAAGUUACGAGCAAGUCUGUAAUACGCUUAAAAAACAGUUUUCACCUAAGUUAGCAGUAUUUCGGGAACGCACAAAAUUUUAUGAACUUAAGCAAAGCAACAACCAAUCUAUAAAUGAAUGGUAUGUAUAUAUUAAGAAAGCAGCCAUGAAUUGCAAAUUCGGUAGUCACCUAUUAGAGAAACUCAAAGAUAAAUUUGUUACGGGGCUUCAAAAAGGUCCAAUAUUAGACAGACUUUCUAUUUGA